UUGCACGGCUUUGUUGUAUUGUUGCGAAAUAGAAAAAAAUAUUUGUGCUAGUAAGGAGAAGAAAACAGUAAACAUUCUAUAUUUCCUUGGAUAAAUUCAAUAAAUUCAACAUAUUCUCGUAAACAUUAAUCCAAGAUACGCUAACAAAUGCAAAUGAAAAACAAUAGUGCGAAUAAACGAAAUUAUGUCACAAAAAGUAAAAGAAAAACUGCUACAGCCAUUGUUUCAAAAGGAAAAGUGUCGUGAAUUAGUUGUAAAUUUUAAGAAAUCAAUAGAAUUGUGGUUCUUGAGUGAGGCUGAUGAUACAUUCAAAGAAAUACAAAGUUCAUGCUUUGAUAUAAUACUAUACGGUUUGGUGGAUAUAACGCAUCAGAAAAAGCCACAACAAGACGACAACAAUCAACACACGCUUGCAAGUGCAACUGGUAGUAGUAGUAGUGAUUCAUCAUUGCCAACAACAAUAGCAGCAACAACGGUGACUUGCGCCGACAGUUACCACGAUGAGUCCGACUUGUAUUCACCCAAUAAAAUAAUCGACGACUUCGAAUGGGUUCUCAAUGCUGUAAACAUACGCAAUAGUGCAACAAAAUGCUCUCAAACUGCUGGUGGUGGUGGCUUUGCCCUGAAAACGCGACCACCCACCCCACCGCCAGCCUCCUCCAGUGCAUUGCAACGUCGUAGCUGGCCAUUGAAACAAUCAUUGACAGCCCGGUUGACACAGUGGUUAUGUCAGAAUCUGCGAGACUCGGCAAAUUUGUUUGUGUUUCUGCAAUAUUUAGUCUCCGAUAAGGAACUUUUGGAGGAACACUAUACCCCACAUGCUCUGCUGAGACACGAAGAGUAUGUCAAUGCCAUAUUCAUUGGCAUGAGUGCAUUUGAAACACAUCAGUAUGGUUUGCUGAAACAGAUUGAUACAUUGCUCAAGGAGGAGGAGCAGAAUGGCGUGGAGAAUAUGACGAAACAUAAACGUUGCAAUUCUCAACCGAAUGUGAUUGUACUGCCCGAGAAGAAAUCACCACGUGCUAUGAAUCCAUCACGUGAUCGCAUAGAAGAAUCUGGUAAUGGCCCUACUAAACACUCAACAGUAUUGUUAACUAUACGUAAAACAAAAAGUCUUCCGGAUGUCAAAAGUAAAUGCUCUACAGAUGCCAAAGAUGUUAGGGAUGCUCCUGGCCACGGUCCCCGACCAAGGUGUAAAACCAUAGCCGAUAUCAAACAUAAACACAAUAGAACGCCUGAAGGCAACAUUCCCCAAUUGUAUGUUUGCGAUGAUAGCAAAAUGACCCAGCCAUCAAACUGUGAUGAUGACCCGAAGCCAUCAACAUCCCAUAAUUCUACCUCGAAUCGUAGUCCAACAUCAAGUUUACAUUUAAAUUCAACAGCUUCCACCACCUCCUCAUCUUGCUCAGUUGCAACUUCAGUGUCAUCGUCCUCUUCCAAAUCGACCACAAGACAUAUACAACUCAUCAACACGGAUGAUAUAAAAAUUUGGACUGACCACUCGUGGGAGCAGCAAAAGAACAAAUCACAGGCACAUACCCAGUCCAGCACCACACCAGCUCAAGCAAUACCCUCGGUGCGACAGCGUGUUGCCGCAAACAAAUCCUCUGCCUCCUCAUCGUCCACCAAAAGCCUUAGCCCUUUGAAUAGUUUUUUCUCCUCGCUGUUUAGUACCCCGCCUUCAUACACAUCCUGGUAUACGGAACACAGUUUACAUGAACAAAAUCACCAAAUACCUGAACAAGCAAUUGAUUCGAUAAAUUCCGAUAGUCGGCAUCACGGCCCUAGUGUAACUCCCACACCGCCAGUAACACUGCAAUCGACACCCUCAUCUUUGAGUUCAGCUGUUUUGGAUAAAUUCCUACCAAUAUAUGGUAAGAAGUUGCGGAAACGUAAUGCCCAAAACUUAUUCGAUGAAGUUAGUACAGCCUUGGAUUACUCGACACCAUUUACUCUGAACACCUCCAGUUCCUCGGGCAUAAAUACCAAAGAGGAAGGUGGGGCCACAACAAGUGGUUCGCCCACCACAACUGCUACGAUGAAAAAUUGCCAAAGUUUGACAAGAUUUUUACAAAUGUCGCAGUCAUCGCGUAACAACACUGAAUUGGAAAAGGAAAAUGCUCAUUUUCGUAUUUCAGAGGCUAUUAUAUCGGCUAUAGAACACAUAAAAUGGAACAAGCAGGUACCCAAUGAAACAUUGGAAAAUUUAAGUCGGGAAGCCACACCGUUGGCAACAGAUUAUCUAUCCUCAUCGGAGCACAACAACAUGACAGCUACACCCUCAAAGGUAAAGGUACCCUGUAGCAGCGGCCACGAAUAUGUCGAAGGAGAACAUGUCCCCUAUGCCGAAGAUGUAUCAUCGGUCGAUUUACUGACAGCAGAGGUUGUGGGACUUUCUCUCAUCUCGAAAUUUGAUGAGAAACAUUUGCCCAAGGUGUCGGAACUGAAAUGGCUCGUUUCCGACGAGGACACACCACAAAAUCUCUUACCAAUGCCUGAUCUAUCCGGCAAUAAUCCCGAUGAACAUGUGAUACAUUCGGUUACACGCGGCACAAAAUAUUGGGCGCCACCCAGACAGCAAAUCAUCUUUACCGAUCAUCCAAGCAUGGAACGCAAAGAAUUGUUAAAGAAACAGAACUACCGCUGUGCUGGCUGUGGAAUGCGUGUAUCACCUCAAUAUGUCCAGAGUUUUCGCUAUUGUACAUAUUUGGGAAAGUAUCAUUGUACCGGUUGUCAUCGAAAUCAGAUUUCAGCAACACCGGCAAAGAUAUUGCAAAGCUGGGAUUUCAAAUGUUAUCCUGUCAGUGUAUUUGCAUAUCGUUUGCUAGAGCAGAUGUAUGCGUAUCCCUUGUUCUAUGUACCCGACUUGAAUCCUGCCUUAUAUUUUCGUAGUAAAUCGCUGUUGAGUGCCCGCAAUAGACGUUUACAAUUGAAAUAUGUCAAAGACUUUAUACGCACGUGUCGUUUUGCCUUGCGUGAACAGAACUAUUUUGAGACGAUACCCGAUUACAUCACAUCGGACAUUGAUAAUUGGUCCAUGUCGGAUUUUAUAGAUGCUCGCAGCAAUUGCCUGCAGAGAUCCAUUGAUGAACUGAUAACCAAAUGUGAAAAUCAUAUUUUUAAUUGUGUUCUUUGUACCGCCCGGGGUUUUCUCUGUGAAUAUUGUAAUGCCGACAGCGUUAUAUAUCCCUGGGACAGUCGUGUUGUACGUUGUGAUCGUUGUGGUACAUGUUUUCAUCGAAAUUGUUGGAAAUCAAUGGCACUUUGUUGUCGCUGUCAGCGUAUUGACAAGCGCCAAGAAGAAUACGAGAGUGUUCACAAUGUUUAAGCCGCCGGACUAUAAUCAGCUCAUAACAUAUAUAAAUACGAGGAAAAAACAUUUAUUAUUUUCUAAGUUUUUGUAGAAUUUAUUAGAUAUUCUUAAAAAACUAUUUUUAUGUAUAUUGUCGACCCUAAUUGAGACUUACUUCUUCAGCCCCUUGGAACAAAAUCUAAAAUUAAAUUUAGUUUAAGGUUAUAGAUAAAUUGUAUAUUUGUUACUUUUAGUCUUUACAUAUGAAACCUAUCUCCAAUGUUCUGUUAAAAAAAUUAUUUAUUUUAUAAAUCUAAAACAGGAAACUCACACACACACAUAUAUAUAUACCACAACAAAUGUUCGAAAAGAAUUAAAAAAAAAACUUUAUACAAUUCCUUUAAAAUCCUAAGAGAAUCUAAAUCAUCUGUUCAACAACAAUUCUAUGAGAAUUUGGUGAAAUAAACAAAGAAAAAGAAAAAUUUAUGAAGCAGAUCGCAAA